UUACAUUUACAGUGUAGCAAAAGAGAAAGUAACUAUGUUGCUGCUGGAGAUCAAUGAAGCCAAGUGAAUGGGGGCUGAAUGGGCGAAUCCUUAGCUGAAGCGGAGCGCCAGAUGGUGGAGGGCUACACUUAUUUAUGAAACUGUCUUGAGUUCUUCUUCAAUUGCCAGUUUUCAGCCUCCUCAUGCCUCCGUCUCCUUUAGACGACAGGGUAGUAGUGGCACUGUCUAGGCCCGUCCGACCUCAGGAUCUCAACCUUUGUUUAGACUCUAGCUACCUUGGCUCUGCCGCCCCAGGCAGUAACAGCCACCCUCCUGUCAUUGCCGCCACCGUCGUAUCCCUCAAGGCUGCGAAUCUGACGUAUAUGCCCUCAUCCAGCGGCUCUGCCCGCUCCCUGAAUUGUGGAUGCAGCAGUGCCAGCUGCUGCACUGUGGCAACCUACGACAAGGACAAUCAGGCCCAAACCCAAGCCAUCGCUGCCGGCACCGCCACCACCGCCAUCGGAACCUCUACCACCUACCCUGCCAACCAGAUGGUCAACAACAAUGAGAAUGCAGGCUCUCUAAGUCCGUCAGGUGGGGUGGGCAGCCCCGUGUCAGGGACCCCUAAGCAGCUAGCCAGCAUCAAAAUAAUCUACCCCAAUGACUUGGCGAAGAAGAUGACCAAAUGCAGCAAGAGUCACCUGCCAAGCCAGGGCCCUGUCAUCAUUGACUGCAGGCCCUUCAUGGAGUACAACAAAAGUCACAUCCAAGGAGCUGUCCACAUUAACUGUGCCGAUAAGAUCAGCCGGCGGAGACUGCAGCAGGGCAAGAUCACGGUCUUAGACUUGAUUUCCUGUAGGGAAGGCAAGGACUCUUUCAAGAGGAUCUUUUCCAAAGAAAUUAUAGUUUAUGAUGAGAAUACCAAUGAGCCGAGCCGAGUGAUGCCCUCCCAGCCACUUCACAUAGUCCUCGAGUCCCUGAAGAGAGAAGGCAAAGAACCUCUGGUGUUGAAAGGUGGACUUAGCAGUUUCAAGCAGAACCAUGAAAACCUCUGUGACAACUCCCUCCAGCUCCAAGAGUGCCGGGAGGUGGGGGGCGGCGCAUCUGCAGCCCCCAGCAAGCUACCUCAGUCCAUCCCCACCACCCCUGACAUCGAGAAUGCGGAGCUGACGCCCAUCUUGCCCUUCCUGUUCCUCGGCAAUGAGCAGGACGCUCAGGACCUGGACACCAUGCAGCGGCUGAACAUCGGCUACGUCAUCAACGUCACCACUCACCUGCCCCUCUACCACUACGAGAAAGGCCUGUUCAACUACAAGAGGCUGCCGGCUACUGACAGCAACAAGCAGAACCUGAGGCAGUACUUUGAAGAGGCUUUUGAGUUCAUCGAGGAAGCUCACCAGUGUGGGAAAGGGCUUCUCAUCCAUUGCCAAGCUGGCGUGUCCCGUUCUGCCACCAUCGUCAUUGCAUACUUGAUGAAGCACACUCGGAUGACCAUGACUGAUGCCUAUAAAUUUGUCAAAGGCAAACGACCAAUUAUUUCCCCAAACCUUAACUUCAUGGGGCAGUUACUGGAGUUUGAGGAAGACCUAAACAAUGGUGUGACACCUCGGAUCCUUACACCAAAGCUGAUGGGCGUGGAAACGGUCGUCUGACACAAGUCUGGAGGAAAGGAUGACUCGUCUCCGUUAAGAGACAAAGAGAAAGAAGGAUGGAUUCUUUUUUUCCCUUUUUCUUUCUUUUUCUUCUUUUUUCUCUCUUUCUUUUUUUUUUUUAGAUGGGGGUCAAGUUUGUGAAUGGAAACAAAACUUGUUUAAAAACUUAUUUUUCACAAGUGUGAGAAGAAAUUAUCUUUUGAUGCCGUUGAGAUUUCCUUCCCUCGAACUGAUAAAGCAGGGAGGCUAGAGCUAGAGUAAUUUUUUAAAGCCAACAAUAAAAAUAUGAUAAAACUCAUUUCUUCCCCCCUUUUCCUUUUAAGCUAUUUGUAGAGUUGAUGAUUAAAUAGUCUGUGCAGGUUCAUAGACCGAAGAUACUACAACUUAAACAAAUUAAAAAGAACCAAAAGUAAGAGACAGAAAAGACAUUGAAUCACAAAGGCCCAAGAGCUGCCUGGGCCAUCCACACAGGAAAAAAAAAACAACCCAACCAAACCAAGCCCUGUAGUACUCACUGGUGCAAAGAGAAAAUCAGGGCAGCUUAAGUGGUCUAAGAACCCUUCACAUUCUUAAAGAGACAAAAGAUACUGUUGAUUUUGUGUGUUUCAUACUCUGGAUUAUCCCCCCCCCCCCUUCUUUGGGUUUAAGAGAUUUUUUUUUUUUUUUUUUUUUGAAAUAGCGAGGAACUGACCAUUAUACCAUAUGCCUUCACUGGCUUCUUGUGCAAUAAUACGGUGUUUUGAGUGUGCAAACAAGUUAGAGCUGGCAGUCGAUGAUAGACAAAUAGUGCAAAUUUGCCAGCUUGGAGAUAGAAAGGAAUUCAAUAAAAAUCAAUUACUUUCCUUCCCACCUUUUCCCUAAAUUUUUUUUUUUUAUUUGAUUCUGGUUACAGUGCCAUAAACCUUGUUACAUAUGUAUAUCAGAAUGUAAAAAAAAAAAAAAAAAAAAAAA